AUGCUAGACGAUAAACAAUCGUCCAUCGUCCGUCCGAAAGCUGUACCACCUAUGUUUACAUCUGUUGUCGCACCUAAUUCUCAUUCGUCACCAAUAAUGCAAACUCCAAAUCGACUAUCACAACAAGUUCUGACUGAAAUAGGUACAAUGAUACGUAAACAUGAUCGAGAAGCAACACGUCUAUUCGAUUGUAUCGGUCAAGUUAAAGCAUUUUCAUAUAAUUCAACUGAACUUCGUUGGGAAAAUUCACCUAAUAUCGAAGGUAAUUUAUGUGUAUACGAAAAACAACAAAUCAUAAACAACAAGCCAUGUCCAUCCUAUGCAUUUGGAAUUAUCAAUGGAGAUAAAUUUCUUAUACAACCAAUAACGUCGGAUAUGGUGCAACAAGCUGAUAAAUUACGUUUAUUCUAUGAAGUUGCUCGGAAUGAUCGUCGUGAGGUUUUUUGUAUACAUUUUUUAACCGAUUCAGAGUGUCUUCGAUUAAAUACAUUUCUUACUCGGUGUAUUCAAGCUAUAAAAACUCUUGAAGAACAACAGCAACAACAACAACAACAACAAGUUCGUACAACAGCAGCAUCUUCUAUUCCAAUUGAUUCUCAAGCACAAUUGAAUGGACCAAUACCGCCAACAAUGUCAAUGCAACAACCACCGACAAAUAUUUUUCGACAACAAAUGCCACAACAACCAAUCAUUUUACAAAAUCAAACACCACCGCAAAUUGCUUCGACUCGUGUUAAUGUCAAUCAGACUCCGACUCGUUUAAUUGCAUCAUCAAAUGUUGCUAUUCAACAGCCUCAAGCACCGCCACCACUGCAAUCUGUCAAUCCUUAUCCAACGCAGAUCCCUAUAGAUCUUCUCCAUACCCAUCUUGCACGUUUAACUCCUACUGUUCCAUCGACAUCCAUUGGUCAAAUUGAAAUUGCUAAACCAAUCGAACAAAGUUCAUUUCCUCCUUCACUAAUUCCGUUAACAAAUGGAAGUAAUAAUAAUAAUACUGAAGAUCCAACAUCGUCACUCAAACGACUUCUCAAUAUUCGUGGUCAAAAUGCAUUAGAAAAUCUUUCUCUUGAUGAUAGCUCAGUUUUUGCAAAACAAUCGGCCCAACAAAAUCUACUUGAUCUUAUGCCACCAUCAGCGUUCGAACCUAUAGCAGCAACACCACCUUCACCUGUGGCUGCUAUUGGUGCCGAACGUACGAAACAUCGUUUAUCAACUCAAUUAACUCCAAUAAUGAGUCGCGAACAUUUUCGUAAUGUUCUUCUUCAUCUCGUUCAAAAUGAUGAUCAUUUUCUUGAUAUUAUUUAUCAAGCAUGUCUUACUCAUCCACCAACAUCACAAUAA